CUUGCAUCCGACAGCCACGACAUUGUAAGCCAUACUCGAUUCUUCGACACUUCCCUGUAAUCGGUGUGUUUGGGUCUUUCCAACUCAGUGAGAGGACUUGCUCUCGAGCGCCAUUUCCAGCCCCACGGAUUGAUGCAGCCGAUAUGAUGGAGGACUUUCAAUCAGAAACCGACAGUGACUACACGAGUUACUGGCGAGACUGGUUCAUCUCCUCUCGUGGCAACGAAUACUUCUGCGAAAUCGAUGAAGAAUACAUAACCGACCGCUUCAACCUGACGGGUCUCAACACGGAAGUCCACUACUACCAGCACGCCCUGGAUCUGAUCACCGACGUCUUCGACCUCGACUGCGAAGAUGACAUGCGCGAGACGAUAGAAAAGUCUGCCCGACACCUCUACGGCCUUGUGCACGCGCGAUAUAUCGUAACGACCCGCGGCCUGGCCAAGAUGGUCGACAAAUUCAAGAAGUACGACUUCGGCCGCUGCCCGCGUGUCCUGUGCGACAGCCACCCUCUCCUGCCCUUCGGACCAAGCGACAACCCGGGCCUCAAGACCGUCAAACUCUUCUGCGCAAAGUGCGAGGACAUCUACAACCCAAAAUCCAGCCGGCACGCGGCCAUCGAUGGCGCAUAUUUCGGCUCCAGUUUCCACAACAUCCUUUUCCAAGUCUACCCGGCACUUGUCCCGGCCAAGUCACGGCGGCGCUACGAGCCCAAGGUCUUUGGAUUCCGGGUCCACGCGGCGGCCGCGCUGGCGAGGUGGCAGGACGAUGAGCGACGGAGGAUGCGUGCGAGACUGCAAGAUGCCGGCGUGCUGACGAAGCGUGGUCAGUUGUUCAUCGAGGAUGCAGAGAGCAGCGACGGCGAGAGUGAGGCCGGGCACGAUGGAGAUUCCAAAAUGACGUUGACGACGGAAGAGCAUGAUGAGGGCGUGGGCUUACAGCACCAGGCUGCCGCUGCCACCGCCGGACAGGAGACGCUUUAGGGGAGCAGCUCAUGGUAGGACCCAAUUGGAUGGAGUGUCAGGGACUUGAUGCAUUCGGAUCGCUGCAUCGGAUUGAGGAAGGCUGGGAAGGCGUCGGGACAAAUGCUCCUCGCAAGAGAAACAGUACAACUUCUUUCAUCCUUGUAGUCUUGAUGGGGAUGGCCUAGUGACAUACAGAAACGGCGUUAUCAGGCGUCUUUGCAUAGUCUCCGGAGCAAUCUUUAUCUCGUAGCACCUUGCAAGGAGGAGAGAAAGUACGAGCAAGGAACAUGGUGAUUUCAUUUCUUCAUGACGGAGGGUUUCAUUAUGCUACACCUUGAGCGCACGCUG